GCCCGGCCAGCUGGGAGGAAGGGGACUGGCGGGCCAUGGCAGGCUCCACGCUUGGGUUUUCGCUGCUGCUGGCGGCAGCGCUCGCUGGGCGGGCGACAGCCCUAUGGCCUUGGCCCCAGUACAUCCAGACCUCCGAGCGGCGCUACCCGCUCUUCCCGCACAACUUCCAGUUCCGGUACCACGUCAAUUCGGCCGCGCAGCCGGGCUGCUCCGUCCUCGACGAAGCCUUCCAGCGCUACCGUGACCUGCUCUUCGGGUCGGCUUUGUGGCACCGUCCUGACCCCACGGAAAAACAGCAUACGUUGGAGAAGAAUUUGUUGGUUAUCUAUGUGGCCACUCCUGGAUGUGACCAGCUUCCUUCUUUGGAGUCAGUGGAGAAUUACACUCUUACCAUAAAUGAUGAGCAGAAUUUCCUCCUGUCUAAGACUGUGUGGGGAGCUCUCCGAGGCCUGGAGACUUUCAGCCAGCUCAUUUGGAGAUCUCCUGAGGGCACGUUCUUUAUCAACAAGACAGAGAUUGAGGACUUUCCCCGCUUCCCUCACCGGGGCUUGUUGUUGGAUACGUCUCGCCAUUACCUGCCACUGCCUAGUAUCCUGAACACUCUGGAUGUCAUGGCAUACAAUAAAUUCAACGUGUUCCACUGGCAUCUGGUUGAUGACCCUUCCUUCCCAUAUGAGAGCUUCACUUUUCCAGAGCUCACCAGAAAGGGAUCCUACAACCCUGCCACCCACAUCUACACAGCACAGGAUGUGAAGGAGGUGAUUGAAUAUGCGCGGCUUCGAGGCAUCCGCGUGUUGGUCGAGUUUGACACUCCUGGCCACACUCAGUCCUGGGGACCAGGUGCCCCUGGAUUAUUGACUCCUUGCUACUCUGGGUCUCAUCCCUCUGGCACCUUUGGACCAGUGAAUCCCAUUCUCAACAGUACCUAUGAGUUCAUGAGCACAUUCUUCUUGGAGGUCAGCUCUGUCUUCCCAGAUUUUUAUCUUCACCUUGGAGGAGAUGAGGUUGAUUUCUCCUGCUGGAAGUCCAACCCAGAUGUCCAGGCCUUUAUGAAGAAGAAAGGCUUUGGUACUGACUUCAAGAAGCUGGAGUCCUUCUACAUCCAGACGCUGCUGGACAUUGUCUCUGCCUAUGGCAAGGGCUACGUGGUGUGGCAGGAGGUGUUUGAUAAUAAAGUAAAGGUUCGGCCGGACACCAUCAUCCAGGUAUGGCGAGAAGAGGUACCAGUAAACUAUAUGAAGGAGCUGGAACUGGUCACCAACGCCAGCUUCCGGGCCCUGCUCUCUGCCCCCUGGUACCUGAACCACAUCACUUAUGGCCCUGACUGGGAGGAGGUCUACAUGGUGGAGCCCCAGGCGUUUGAAGGUACCCCUGAGCAGAAGGCUCUGGUGAUUGGUGGAGAGGCCUGUAUGUGGGGAGAGUAUGUGGACAGCACAAACCUGGUCCCCAGGCUCUGGCCCAGAGCAGGGGCUGUUGCCGAGAGGCUGUGGAGCAGCAGGUUGAUGACUAACCUGGACUUUGCCUUUAAACGUUUGGCAGACUUCCGCUGUGUGCUGCUGAGGCGUGGUGUCCAGGCCCAGCCCCUCAGUGUAGGCUUCUGUGAACAGGAGUUUGAAGAGACCUGAGCAAGCAGCCCCAGGCACCGAGGAGGGUGCUGGCCCUAGGAGAGUGGUAGUGGGUUUCCACUGCAUCCUGGCCGGGGGACGGAGCCCCUUGCCCACAUGCCCCUGUACCUGAAGAGAAGGGGUCUGGCACUGGUACUGUCCAAUAAAGAGUGAUGUAGCAUUUUUCUAUAAUGAA